AUGCUGCGGACAACAUGGGCUCUCUUAUUGGGUAUAUUACUCACAAGUAAAGAUGGUGUGAAAGCUCAAGUGGGCUGUGGAGAGGCACCACUAAACUCAAGGAUUGUCGGGGGUGACGAUGCCGCGGAAGGCACCUGGCCUUGGCAAGUCAGCAUGCACUACAACGGGUUUCACAUAUGUGGGGCAACUGUGAUCAACGAGGAAUGGAUCCUCACGGCGGCCCACUGCAUUUUAAGCACAAAUCUUGAGCCCUGGCGCCUCUACUUUGGAAAACAGAAUCAGAGCGACACCAGUCCCAAUGAGGUCAACCGCACUGUGGCACGGAUCAUUGUUCAUCCCGACUACAAUAACUCAACCUUUAACAACGACAUAACUGUCAUGAAGCUUAGCAGCCCCCUCAAUUACACUGAAUACAUCAGACCCAUCUGCAUGGCAAGUAAGGACAGUAAAUUCAACAACGGCACCAUGUGCUGGGGCAGCGGCUGGGGCAGACUGGGGGCUGAUCAGCCAAAUGUGGGCUUUGAAAGGCUACAAGAAGUUAAGAUUCCAAUAAUUGGAAACAACCAAUGUGGCUGCAGCUACAGCUUUGUGGAAAACAUUGGCGUCAACAGCAAUAUGAUAUGUGCUGGGCAGGAGGGUAAAGGAAUAUGCCAGGGUGAUUCAGGCGGUCCCCUGCAAUGUAAACAAGGCUCAGUAUGGGUACAGGCGGGCCUGGCCAGUUUCGGUGUACCAUGCGCUACCAAGGAUUUCCCUGAGGUGUUUGCCCGCGUGUCGUUUUUCCAGGACUGGAUUACAGCGCAAGUGGAGGGGGCCGACAUUAGUUUUGUAGAAUUCACCUCGACCGGUGGUGACCAAGACGACAACUUCGAAUGUCCAUUUAUAGAGGAUUCAUCCACCGCACUUCUUUCAAGUCUUAGCCUCCUGCUCUUGGUGCUGACUAUUCAAGCGUUGUGA